CUUAUUUAAAUAGCCAACGAUUUUAGUGUGGCAUAGAAUAUUUAACUCAUCAUUAACACAUCACUAAUAUCAUACAACCAUAAUUUAUCGAGAACUAAGAAGUAAGCUCCGGAUAUACAAUGGACUUAGACGAAAUCCUAAGCGACUUUGGAUUGGGCACAUAUCAAGUGACCGUAUGCACCUUAAUAGGAUUUAUUCUCAUGUACUCAAAUAUAUCACCACUUAGUUACGCCAUUUCAUCCAGUGAUCUUAAAUACAGGUGCGAAAUUCCGCAAUGUGAUACCGACAACCCAUCGUACAAUGCAGAUUGGUUAAACCUGGCGAUACCUUUCAACAACAAGUCCAAUGAGCCUUACAAAUGUCUAAGGUAUCACUAUAUAUCACAGGCUACCAACGGGACAAAUACCUCUGCCAAUAGUACAUGUAUGCGAGGCGCAUUCAAUGUCAACCGUAAAGAAAAAUGCAACAAAUGGGUGUAUGAAGAAAAAGAAAGGACAAUUGUAAACGAUUUUGGUAUUAUGUGUGAGGAAAAUAAAUGGAAACUUAGCAUGGUGGGAACCGUCAAUAGCAUUGGUCAAUUCGUCGGCAUCCCUUUAUCAGGAUAUAUUUCGGACAAGUAUGGACGCAAGUUUAUCUCUAUAACUGGGACAGUUCUAUCGGCUAUAUUUGGCACAAUAAAAUCCUUUGCUUUCGAUUACUAUUCAUUUCUCAUUUUUGAAUUUUUGGAUUCCGUGGCUAGCAGUGGAGUGUAUGCAGCCACCUUCGUAUUAGCUAUAGAAUUUGUCAGUCCAAAGUCACGAGUUAUCGUGAGUACUGUUGUGGGCUGUUUUUAUCCUAUGGGUGCAGUUAUCAUGGGCUUUACGGCCUACAUGAUUCUUGAUUGGCGGAUAAUCAUUAGAGUACUCUACUUACCUGGACUACUUGUUUUAGGAGUUGCUUGGUACCUGCCCGAGUCUUUACGAUGGCUUCAAACCGAAAAUCGAGUUGAAGAAGUAGCUAAAGUGUUAUCCAAAAUUGCUAAAUCCAAUGGCAAAACACUACCGGACUGCGUCAAAGAAGCACUAAUAGUCAACACUAAAUCUAAAGGCAAUGUAACGGACACGCAAAACAAAAACCAAAUGUCUUGUAGAAAAUUAAUGAGAGAAAUAUUUAGUUCAAAAGAUAUUUUGAUGCGUAUAAUGAAUUGUUCGUUUUGCUGGUUUACGAUUACACUAGUUUAUUACGGCCUUUCGUUAACUUCUGUGGAGUUGUCCGGUAACAAAUACAUGAACUUUAUGCUUGUUAACAUUGUAGAAAUUCCGGCUAGCUUAACAUUGUGGUAUGUCAUGGAAAAUUUUUCGAGACGAAAGACUCAAGCGUUUUCGUUCUUCUUCAGCGGUAUUGGAUGUAUUAUGGUCAAUUUAAUAUCUUCAAAUUAUACGUGGAUGAAACUAUUUUUAUUCUUGGGAAGUAAAUACGCAAUCACCAUGGCAUUUAACGCUAUGUAUGUGUACACCGCAGAAAUGUUCCCUACCGAGCUGCGUAUGACUCUGUUUGGUAUAACUAGCAUGUUUGGUCGAUUGGGUGUCAUGUUUGCUCCACAGAUGACGUUGUUGAGUGCUUACUUUGGACAAUACGCGCCGAUCUUAUUGUUCGGAAUCUUAUCACUUAUAGCUGGGGCAUUAUCUUUCUUUUUCCCAGAAACAAAAGAUAAAAAAUUACCCGAUACAGUAAAGCAAGCAGAAUUUGUUGUAGAACUCUAAGUGAAUUAAUAAUAAUUUAUAUAACAAUAAUAGUUUAAAAAUAAAUAUUUUAAAUAGUUCAUAAAUUCAACGAAAUUACAUCAUGAGAAAUCACAUUCGUGCCUCAUGAGU